AUGGCUCCCAUCCCUGGCGAUUCGCUUCCUGUGCGCCCAGCACCUAAGACUGAGCAACAAUAUCCAACACCUCUCAAGCUCAGCGGUGCAUUGGAUCAAUAUGAGUUUGAAGAAACGACCCCAGUGAUCGGUCGUGAAUUCCCGAAGCUCAACAUUGUUGACGACAUUCUGAAUGCCCCAAAUGCAGACGAGCUGGUGCGAGACCUCGCUAUCACUAUCUCCCAGCGCGGUGUCGUCUUCUUCCGCGCCCAAAACAACCUCACAGACGCCCUACAAAAAGAACUCGUCCACAAACUAGGCCAAGCAGCCGGCAAACCCACCGACUCAACCCUCCACAUCCACCCCGUUCUAAAUAACACCAACGAAUUCGGCGUCGACGACCCCGAAGUCAGCACCAUCAGCUCCCUAUCCCGCAAAAAAAUGCACCGGCACGCCAAUCAACGCAACAGACGCCGCUACGACUCAGCACAGUGGCACUCGGAUAUUCAAUUCGAGCCCGCACCAGCGGACUACACUUCUCUCCGAUUAACCCAGCUUCCCAAGACGGGUGGAGAUACGCUCUGGGCUUCAGGGUAUGAAAUGUAUGAUCGGUUCUCGAAGCCUUAUCAGAAGUUCUUUGAGGGUCUUACGGCGACGUAUAUCGGUGAUGGCUUUAUUAAAGCUGCUCAGGCUGAUCCGGAGAAAAUUUACAUUUACACUGAGCCUCGUGGGAAUCCAUUGAAUGUCGGUGCGGAGCUGUCUACUGUUCAUCCGGUUGUGCGGACAAAUCCUGUUACUGGGUGGAAGAGCAUUUAUGCUGUAGGACCUUUUCCUAAGUAUAUCAAUGAGCUCAAUGCGGAAGAGUCGGAUGAGUUGUUGAAGAAGUUUUAUACUACUAUUACGGAGAAUCAUGAUCUGACAGUGCGUUUCAAGUGGAGGAAUGAGAAUGAUAUCGCGAUCUGGGAUAACCGCUCUGCUUUCCAUACGGCUACUUUUGAUUAUGAAGGACUCGGAGAACGAUUUGGUCACCGUGCCGUUGGUAUUGGCGAGAAGCCCUACCUCGACCCCAACAGCACUUCAAGGACCGAGGCUCUGGCUGCUCAAGGCGCUUGA